AUGGGACGAAAGAAAAUACAAAUAUCUCGUAUUCUUGACCAGCGGAACAGACAGGUGACCUUCACUAAGCGUAAGUUUGGUCUGAUGAAGAAGGCGUACGAGCUGAGUGUGCUGUGCGACUGUGAGAUAGCCCUCAUCAUCUUCAACAGCACCAACCGUCUCUUCCAGUACGCCAGCACAGACAUGGACAAGGUGCUGCUGAAGUACACAGAGUACAGUGAGCCGCACGAGAGUCGCACCAACACAGACAUACUGGAGACGCUGCGUAGGAAAGGCCUCGGUCUGGAUGGCUCAGAGCUCGAUGUUGAGGAGGGCGUGCAGACGACAGCUGAUAAAUAUCCUCUCAGCGAGGGCAUGGAUCUGUCUGUGGCCCGUCAGCGCUACUGUGCUCCGUCACUGCUCUCACAGGAGGCUCAGUUCCUGGUGUCUGCGGGUUGUGAGAAUGGUGUCUCCAGCUUUUCUGCGUCCAGCAUGGGCCACCACAGACCCUCUGGAUUUAAAGCCCUGGGCUCUCGGACCGGCUGUGCCAGCCCUGCCGCGCCACACUCUGCCUUCAUGUCGCCGCAUGCAGGUAUCGGCUACUCUGUGUUCUCCCAUGGCAACAUGAACCGAGCCCUGGACAUGAAAAGCCCCCCUCCUCUGAGCCUGGCCAGUGAAAACCUGCGGGCAGAUGCUGCCAGCCAGGGCAUGGGGGCCACAAGGAGGGGACUCUUGUACCAGGGUCUGCACAGCGGCAGCUCCAUGGUAGCCAUGGGUAAGGCAGGCUUCUUGAGUCAUAGUCUGGGAGGAUACGGCCUUCCCUCCCCUGGAACGUCUGAGUACAGCCAGCCUGCUUUUUACCACUCUGUGAGUUUACAGAGAGGAGCAGCGAACCCCUGGCAACCAACACAAACACCUCACGAGCCUCAUGGGCCUCAUAUAAGUUCAGGGAUGUCCAGCGGGGGGUGCUCCUUCUCCUCUCAGCCGUGCUCCUCAAACUCCUCUCAUCUUCCAUCCUUCAACCUCAGCAUCAAAUCAGAGCGCAGCUCUCCUGACCACAUGACCUCGCCUCCGUCACCCCCUCUGCACCACCUCAGGCAGCACUCUCCAGAUGCAGCUCGCCGGUCCCCUCCAGAGUCCCACCCGGCCAAUAGGACGAAGGAAUUUCAUAAAGCCUGCUACUUACAAGGCGAAGAGGAGAGAGGGCAGCCGCUCAGGCAGUUAGAGAUGAGUGAUGACUGGCAGAGAUAG